AUGGCUCUGAAGCUGUCGGUCGCGGCCCUCGUUCUGCUCGUCAGGCUUCAGCCUUCGCUCGCCGGCGCUCCUCCCGAGCCGAGCGUAAGCGGAUCGGCGUCGGCGCCGUCUCCCAAUAAGACGGAUUGCGGCAAGGCGGAAGAGUGCUCGCCCGGUGUCCUGUUGCCCGUGUGGGAGCCCGUGAACCCGUCGUUCGGCGACAAAGUCGCCCGGGCGACGGUGUACUUCGUAGCUUUGGUGUACAUGUUCCUGGGCGUUUCCAUCAUCGCCGACCGCUUCAUGGCGUCCAUCGAAGUGAUCACCUCUCAGGAGAAGGAGAUCACCAUCAAGAAACCCAACGGCGAGACCAGCACCACCACGGUUCGCAUCUGGAACGAGACCGUCUCCAACCUCACCCUCAUGGCUCUGGGAUCCUCGGCUCCGGAGAUCCUGCUGUCCGUCAUCGAGGUGGUGGGCCACGGCUUCGACGCGGGCACCCUGGGCCCCUCCACCAUCGUGGGCUCGGCCGCCUUCAACAUGUUCGUCAUCAUCGGGAUUUGCGUUUGGGUGGUGCCCGACGGCGAGACCAGGAAGGUGAAGCAUCUGAGGGUCUUCUUCGUCACCGCGUCCUGGAGCAUCUUCGCCUACAUCUGGCUCUACCUGAUCUUGUCGGUCAUCUCGCCCGGAGUGGUGCAGGUGUGGGAGGCCCUGCUCACUUUCUUCUUCUUCCCCAUCUGCGUGGUUUUCGCCUGGGUGGCGGACCGCCGCUUGCUCUUCUACAAGUACGUGUACAAACGCUACAGGACGGGCAAGCAGCGCGGCAUGAUCAUCGAGACCGAAGGCGACCGGCCGCUUCCUUCUAAGGUGGACAUCGAGAUGGAUGGCAAGAUGCUCAACUCACACGGUGUGGACUUCCUGGACGGCCCGUUGGGUUUGGAUAUCGACGAGAAGGACCUGGACGAGGAGGAGACUCGUAGGGACAUGGCCAAGAUUCUCAAGGAGCUCAAGCAGAAGCAUCCCGACAAAGAGGUGGAGCAGCUAAUCGAGCUAGCCAACUACCAGGUCCUGAGCCAGCAGCAGAAGAGUCGCGCUUUCUACCGCUGCCAGGCCACCCGACUCAUGACGGGCGCGGGCAACAUCCUGAAGAAACACGCCGCCGACCAGGCGCGCAAAGCCGUCAGCAUGCACGAGGUGCGCUCAGACAUCGGGGACAACGACCCCAUCUCCAAGGUGUUCUUCGAACCCGCCACCUACCAGUGUCUGGAGAACUGCGGCACGGUGGCGGUGAACGUCAUGCGACGGGGCGGCGACCUAGCCAAAACAAUAUCCGUGGAGUACCGGACCGAGGACGGCACGGCCAACGCCGGCUCGGACUACGAGUUCACCGAGGGCGUGGUGGUGUUCAAACCCGGCGAGACGGUCAAGGAGAUCCGCGUGGGGAUCAUCGACGACGACAUCUUCGAGGAGGACGAGAACUUCCUCAUCCACUUGUCUAACGUCAAAGUCCUGACCUCGGAGGGCGAGGAGCCCGCCGAGGACGAAUCAGCCAAUCACGUGGACUCGGUGGCCUGCCUGGGCCUGCCGGCCACGGCCACCGUCACCAUUUUUGACGACGACCACGCCGGCAUCUUUACGUUCGAGGAGCCCGUCUUUCACGUCAGCGAGAGCGUGGGCACCAUGGAGGUGAAGGUACUGAGGACGUCGGGCGCCCGCGGUGUGGUGACGUUGCCGUACAAGACGGUGGAAGGGACGGCGCGCGGCGGCGGCGAGGACUUCGAGGACGCGCACGGAGUGCUGGAGUUCCAGAACGACGAGAUCUUGAAGAGCAUAACGGUUAGGAUCUUAGACCGGGAGGAGUACAAUAAGCAGUCCUCCUUCUACAUUCUGCUUCAAGCACCAGAGUGGAGGAGAUGCAACGGAACAGAUUGGACAGAGGAGAAGCAGCAGCAUAAGGAAGAGGAGGUCAAGGAGGAAGAGGAGGCUCUAACAGGGAAGGACAAGGAGGAAGAGCGGCGCAUCGCCGAGAUGGGGCGCCCCAUGCUGGGGGAUCACGUCAAACUGGAGGUGGUCAUUGAGGAAUCUUACGAGUUCAAGAACACGGUGGACAAACUGAUCAAGAAGACCAAUCUGGCUCUGCUGGUGGGGACUAACAGCUGGAGAGAUCAGUUCAUCGAGGCCAUCACUGUGAGCGCAGGCGAGGACGACGACGACGAAGAGUGCGGCGAGGAGAAGCUACCGUCGUGCUUCGACUACGUCAUGCACUUCCUGACCGUUUUCUGGAAGGUCCUGUUCGCCUUCGUGCCGCCCACCGAGUACUGGAACGGCUGGGCGUGCUUCGUGGUGUCCAUCUGCAUGAUCGGCCUGCUCACCGCCUUCAUCGGCGACCUGGCGUCUCACUUUGGCUGCACGGUGGGCCUGAAGGACUCGGUGACCGCGGUGGUGUUCGUCGCCUUGGGAACGUCGGUACCAGAUACAUUUGCCAGCAAGGUGGCCGCCAUCCAGGAUCAGUAUGCAGACGCCUCCAUUGGCAACGUGACCGGCUCCAAUGCUGUCAAUGUGUUCCUGGGCAUCGGGGUGGCGUGGUCCAUUGCGGCCAUCUACCACCAGAGCAACAAUAACCAGUUCCGGGUGGACCCGGGCAAGCUGGCCUUCUCCGUCACGCUCUUCACCAUCUUUGCCUUCAUCUGCGUCGCCAUGCUGAUGUACCGGCGGCGGCCGGAGAUCGGCGGCGAGCUGGGCGGGCCGCGGACUGCCAAGGCCCUGACCACCAUGCUCUUCGUCAGCCUGUGGCUCCUGUACAUCCUGUUCUCCUCACUGGAGGCCUACUGCCACAUCCAAGGCUUCUAG